AUGGUGGGUGCGCGCACGGGGGUAUCUACAUCCGCCGCUGCGCGGAGCAGCGCGCGCUGCCUCUGCCGGCUUCGUCCACGGAGAGCGCGGUUGGCGGUGGUGCGGCUGGCGCUGGGAGCAGCGGUGGUCAUGGUGGGCGCAAUUGCGGUGACGCAGCGCUGCUCGACACUCUUAACCAUCACAGCGCUCUUUGUGAAUGGCGACUCCCGGGUGGACGUAGGCAACAACCACGACGGCUCCCACCGCUUCCUGCGUGCUGACCUGCCGCUCUACGGCAUGAGUUACAUCGAGGCGUUGGAGCGCUUCUCCGAUGGCCGCCUGAAGAUCAACUACUUGGUCCUUCACUGCUCCCCAUCUCCCCCAGCGCGCUAUCUGGGGCUGCCCUCGCCGCCCCCCGUGCUACAGCAAGGGCGCAAUGCCUCUCGCGGGCUUUACUUCGCCCGUGCGGAGAGCCACACUCUCGACCACCGCCUGCUCGACGCGAUUCACGGCAGCGAGGGUGGCUAUAUUAAGGGCGGCGCGGAUUCGUUUUACUCGCGCAUGGCGGAGCAGGACGCGCAAGCUCCGCGGAUGGGGGAGUGCGGCGAGCGGUGCGGAACGGGGGACGGCUCGAGCCUCAUUGAGUCCCUCAUCAAGUACCCACCCUUGGAGGAAGUGAGGGGUCUGCCGGAGGAGAUUGUGGGGGAUGAGAAGGAGGACAUGGAUUUUGCAGAUGUUGAUGCAAGCGUGGAAGGCGAGGAAGAUGAGGAUGAUGGGGUGUAG